AGUUACUCCGGAAGUUAUUGUAUGAUGCUGCGCGGUCUGUGCGUUGGUUAACUAGCAAGCGGUUGUGGGUUUAACUAUGCUUUUGUAAUCCUAUUUUGUUUGUUAUUAAAGGUGUAAGGACCCUCCUUAUCUAGCAUGUCGAUGUCCCACCUGUAUGGACGACGAGGACGAGAGGAGGAAGAUGAUGGCGUCGAAGUUGAAAGUUUUGAAGUGACAGAAUGGGAUUUGGCAAAUGAGUUCAACCCUGAGCGGCGCCGGCACAGACAGACUAAAGAGCAGGCCACCUAUGGCAUCUGGGCUGAUAAGGACUCUGAUGAUGAUGACAGGCCCAGUUUUGGAGGCAAGCGGGCAAAAGACUACACUGCACCAGUGAACUUUGUGAGCGCUGGUUUAAAAAAAACUGCAGUAGAAGAACAACAGCAGGAAAAAGAAGGAGGAUCAGAUGAAUAUGAUGAUGAUGAAGAUGCACCAUCAGCACCUUCUCCUCCACGAAGGGGUGCUGCUAAGAAACAACAGGGUAAUUUCCGUGGAAACCAGUCUCAGAGGUUUGCAGGUGGCAUACACUCUGGACAGGGUAUUGGCACAUGGGAGAAGCACACAAAGGGAAUUGGACAGAAACUGCUCCAGAAAAUGGGAUACCAACCAGGGAAAGGUUUGGGCAAGAAUGCUCAAGGCAUCAUAAAUCCCAUUGAAGCAAAGGUUCGCAAAGGAAAGGGAGCAGUUGGAGCAUAUGGCAAUGAACGAACACAACAGAGUCUUAAAGAUUUUCCAGUUGUUGACUCAGAGGAAGAGGAGGAGAAGGAGUUUCAAAAGGAGCUUGGUCAGUGGCGUAAGGAUCCUGCAGGAUCUGCAGCAAAGAAGAAACCCAAGUACUCGUACCGAACUGUAGAUGAGCUAAAGGCUAAAGGAAAGCUAGCAGGACGCAGCACAGCUGCGUCAGCAGGAGAGUUGGCUCAAGUUAAGGUUAUAGAUAUGACUGGAAGAGAGCUGAAAGUUUAUAACAACUACAGUCAGAUGUCCAACAAGCACAGCAUUCCAGAUGAAGGACCCCCAAGUUUGGCCAGAGAUCAGAAGGGGUCUGGUUUUGCCCUUCCAGAGUUGGAGCACAACCUGCAGCUCCUCAUAGAUCUCACAGAACAGGACAUAUUACAGUCUGCCAGGCGGCUCCAGCAUGAGAAAGAUGUGGUUGUGUCUUUGAGCCAUGAGUCACGGGCACUGCAGACCCGGUUAGAGUCGGAGCAAAGUUCCAUCCAGAGAAUGGAAGCUGUGCUGGCACUGGUGGAUCGCUUUCCGACUGGAGAUACACCUCCUGGGGAGGGACCCACUCUACAGGAAUGUGCAAAGAUUUUUGAAAAGUUACAAACAGACUAUUAUGAAGAAUAUAAAACUAUGGGCUUGUCAGACUUGGCAGUUGCUGCGGUUCAGCCCUUACUUAAAGAGAAGCUGCGUUCUUGGGACCCGUUGAAGGACAGUUCUUACUGCUUUGAAGACGUUGGACAGUGGAAAGCGAUCCUUGAGUCACGAAACCUCAUUUCUGGUGACCCUGAUACAAAUAUGGAUCCUUACCACCGACUCCUGUGGGAGGUCUGGGUACCAGUGAUGCGCAUCUGUGUGGCAGGUUGGCAGCCUCGUAAUGUCGGGCCAAUGGUGGACUGUCUGGAUUUGUGGUCUCCUCUUCUGCCUCUUUGGAUCAUGGAUCACCUUUUAGAGCAGCUGGUCAUGCCCCGACUCCAGCGGGAGGUGGAUAACUGGAACCCUUUAACUGACACGGUACCCAUCCACUCUUGGAUCCAUCCUUGGCUGCCUCUGCUCCAGUCACGGCUCGAGCCGCUUUACCCACCAAUCAGAAGCAAACUGGCUAAUGCUCUGCAGCGAUGGCACCCCAGUGAUGCGUCAGCACGGCUCAUCCUGCAGCCUUGGAAGGAUGUUUUCACACCAGGUGCAUGGGAGGCCUUCAUGGUGAAAAACAUCAUCCCAAAACUAGCUCUUUGUCUGGAGGAAUUGGUCAUCAACCCACACCAGCAGCAGAUGGAACAGUUUCACUGGGUGAUGGACUGGGAGGGGAUGCUGUCUCCGUCCAGCAUGGUGUCCCUCAUGGACAAAAACUUCUUCCCUAAGUGGUUAGAGGUCCUGUUCUCAUGGUUGAACAGCAGCCCGAACUACGAGGAAAUCACCAACUGGUACCUCGGCUGGAAAGGAAUGUUCAGCGAUGCCUUGUUGACUCAGCCUCUCAUAAAGGACAAAUUCAACGAAGCACUUACCAUCAUGAAUCGAGCAGUUUCUACAGGAAUGGGUGGAUAUGUACAACCCGGUGCGAGAGAGAAUAUUGCAUACCUGACCCAGACAGAAAGAAGGAAGGAGUUCCAGUAUGAGGCCAUGCAGGAGCGCAGGGAUGCUGAGAAUGUUGCUCACAGGGUCCCCAGCAGCGGCAUACCCACAAACUUCAUCGAUCUCAUCAGGACCAAGGCGGAUGAGAACAACAUUGUCUUCAUGCCUUUGGUGGCCAAACGCUACGAGGGCAAACAGCUUUACACGUUUGGACGGAUCGUGAUCUACAUGGACAGAGGAGUGGUGUUUGUGCAGGGGGAGAAGACCUGGGUGCCAACGUCACUGCAGAGUCUCAUUGACAUGGCCAAAUGAGUUGCUUCAAGCAGCAUCCAAAUAUCUGUUGUUUUUGUACUUAUGUCUUGUACUUUUUAGAUUUGUUUAGGAUCAUAUCUGGAUGUUGUACAUUUUGAAAUUAAAAAGGAAUUUUGAUGAAAUACGGGG